AUGAACAAAUUUCUCUUCCUCUUCUUUUCCUUGUUACUCCUUAUCAGUACUUAUUCUCUAACACAAUAUACGGAUUUGAUAAUUAGCAAUCCCGAAUUGAAAAACAAACUCAAACCAUACAAAAUAAAUACCCAUCAUCUUCAUCAACUUGCUAGAUUCAUCUCUAAAAAAACCCAACACCUGCAACAUAUUGAAGUCAUCAAGUAUUCUAUCAAAACGAGGAGAGAAAAUGCAAAACCCAUCAAAAUUGCACAAUUUACAGAUUUGCAUUAUGAUGCAUUCGAGGAUCCACCUACACUUCCUCAACAUUUAGAAAAUGAAAUGAUUCAAAAAAUUCUAGAAGAAAAACCAGACUAUGUGUUAAUAACAGGCGAUUUUGUACAUGGUGAGGUUAUUCAUUCAUCUCGUGGAAUUGUUAAUGACAUUCUUAAACCAAUGAAGAUAGCUUUGCAACAGAUUCACAAUGAUACAAAGCAAAGGAUCUAUUCUGUAUUUGGUAAUCAUGAUUUACACACAGGACAGAGACAUUUUUUGAAACAAGUUCUUGAAUAUGGCAAUAUGACAGUUGUAUUGGAUAAUGAAUAUUAUUAUGAUGAGGAUAAUGAUAUAGUAAUAAUUGGAUUACCAGAUUAUCACAAGGAUGAUUUCAAUCCAGUUCGUCUUGCUAACUUGAUUUCAAAGAACCCAAAGAUUACAAACAAUUCAACACACAUAGUUAUGUCACAUGUUCCAGAUAGUGCAAGUUGUUUAAUUGAGAAACAAGGUAAAAUUCCAAAAUAUGAGAACUGUAAGGGAGUACAAACAGACGUACUAUUGACAGGUCAUACUCAUGCAGGUCAAUUCAAAAUAUUUGGUUGGAGUAUCGUCCAGUUUAUUUUCCAAAAAUUACCAGAAUCAGUUAUUCAGUUUCUUUUAAAAUCAAUGAAAUUCAAAAAUCCAAUAGAUAAUUGGGAUUGGAAUGAAGGAAUGUUUGAAACAAAUGAAAAUAAUCAUUUGGUUCCAUUAUUAGAGAGUCACAGACAAACAAUGAGUUUAAGGGAAGGAAAAUCCUUUUUUAACAUUAACAGAGGAGUAGGAGGUCACUUUGGAAUCAGAUUAGCAUGUCAACCAGAAAUGACCUUAUUAGAAUUUGACUAA